AUGUUACUGAGAACAAAACUCAAACACCUCACCUACAAACACAUAAUCCCCCUUAUCCGCUCGCUCUCUUACCUCAAUCCUCAGCCUCAGGUGUCCCAGCAGCAGCAGCCUUCUUCUCUACGGCGACAACAAGAUCCAUACUCCCUCCUAAAAGAAGAACCGAUUCAAAUCCUCGCGGACCUCUGGGUCAAAACGUUCUCCCAACGGCAACAACCAAAGCCCUUCACCAACCUCACUGGUUUCCUCUCAAAAUUCGAUCUCUGGGUCCUCGCUUACCAGAGAACUUGCGCCCACGUAAGCGGCACAUUCCCACCUCGUAAUGCUCUUCACUCGGAUGUUCUGUGCGACGUGUUGUCACUGAGAAACGCCGUGGUUCGUAACAAGUUUUCAUGGCACUGCAAGACGCAUCAGUUUAUUCGUGGCCCCAAUGAAAAACCCCUCACCAACUUACUCUCGAGACGCCAACUGAACCCAAUUUUGACGUCCAAGAAUCCACCGUUUCAAGAUCGUGUUGUGCAGGAGGUACUCUUCAUGAUUCUGGAACCCGUUUUUGAUCCACGGUUUUCAUCCAAAUCACAUGCUUUUAGGCCUGGGAGGAAUGUGCAUACGGUUAUUAGGACUCUUAGGAGUAACUUUGCAGGAUACUUGUGGUUUUUGAGGGGCGAUUUAAGUCCAAUUCUUGAUGAGGUUGAUGUGAAUGUGGUAAUGCGAUGCAUUGAAAAUGCUGUCAAAGAUAAGAAAGUUCUGAACUUGAUAAAAUCUGGGUUAAAAGGCGCUGUAAAUAACUGUUUAACUGAUGUUGAAUGUGAAGGGAAAAUGAAGAAGAGCAAGAGGAAAAAAGGGCGGACAAAGAAGAGAAUCUUGAGUGAGAAUGAGCCAAAGCCAGACCCGUAUUGGUUGAGAACGUUUUUCAAUUUUGCACCUGAGGAGGCUGCAAAGGUGCCGAACUAUGGAUAUUGCGGGAUACUUAGUCCUUUGCUGGCUAAUGUGUGUCUGAAUGAGCUUGAUCAAAUGAUGGAAGAGAAGAUAAUUGAGUUCUUUAAGCCCUGUGAACAAGAUUCCAUAUGGAAGUACUCGAUAGAAGAUGGCUCUCAUAACCCUUCUUGGCCGGAGUUCGUUCCAUCUGGUGGGAAGGAGAAGACGAGGAAGAUGGAUUACGUUAGAUUUGGGGGUCAUUUUCUAAUUGGGAUUCGGGGAACUAGAGAGGAAGCAGUGGGAAUUAGGAAGGAUAUAAUUGAGUUUUGUGAAAACAAUUUUGGCAUAAGGCUAGACAAUUCCAAAUUUGAGAUUGAGCAUAUUACUAGGGGAAUUGAUUUUUUGGAUCACACACUGUGUCGUAGGAUCAUAUAUCCUACUCUUCGUUACACUGGGACAGGUGGAAAGAUAGUCAGUGAGAAAGGUGUAGGAACUCUGCUUUCAGUCACAGCUAGUUUGCAGCAGUGCAUUCGUCAAUUUAGAAGGCUCGAGUUUGUGAAAGGUGAUAGGGACCCAGAGCCACUCCCUUGCACCCCAAUGCUUUAUUCGGGACAAGCUCAUACUAAUUCUCAAAUGAACAAGUUCCUUGAGACCAUGGCAGACUGGUAUAGAUAUGCAGAUAACAGAAAGAAAAUUGUUGGGUUUUGUGCUUAUGUCAUUCGAAGUUCUCUUGCUAAACUUUAUGCUGCCAGGUAUAGAUUGAAAUCUCGUGCCAAAGUCUACAAGAUUGCUACACGUGAUCUUAGUCGUCCUUUGAGGGAGAGUAGUAAUAACUCUGCACCUGAGUAUUCAGAUCUUUUGAGGAUGGGGCUUGUUGAUGCUAUUGAUGGUGUACAAUUUUCUCGCAUGUCUUUGAUUCCUUCAUGUGAUUACAGUCCAUUCCCUAGGAAUUGGAUCCCAGACCAUGAGAAAGUGUUGCAUGAAUAUAUCAACUUACAAGAUCCGAAGUUCUUUUAUGAACUGCAAAAAUCACUCAAGCAACAAGUUCUAUCAUCACCCCAAGAUGACAUGUCUGAGAUUGUGUGGAGUUGCAAGACACUUGGUAUCCAAAACUACUGCCUUAAUGGUGCGACAGAGGUGCAUGAUGCUUCUCCAACAGUUAGAAGGUGAAUAAGAAAGCAAUUUGAUCGCUGAAAAUAGAA